AUGGGGUAGCAGUGCCAGCUUACAUUUUGGUGUCCUUUUGAGGCUCAUUUCCUAAACAAAACUCUCUCUCUCUCUCUCUCUAUAUAUAUAUAUGAAUAAGACGGAGGCUGCGAGUAGAGGGCGUGAGCAUGGGGCGUAGUAAUUUGAAGAACGUGAGCAUAGCGGUGUUGGCUCCUCUACCUUCUCUGCUUUUCUAUCUCUGCUUCCUUGGCCAUUACCAUCAGUCCGAUCAUCACCAUGAUGUUAUCUGGGCUUGGAGCUACCGGCACCCUUUCCUUCUAGCCAACCUCCUCUUCUUCCUCAACGUCAAUCUCCUCUUCUGGCUUAUUGGUCUCCUCCAGUCCAGCCACUGGCUGAUAGAUGUUUACUGGACCAUCAUACCAGUGAUGCUUGUACAUUACUACGCAACGCACCCUCUGCCGGCGUCCGGCAACUUUGACCACCCUUGGAGGUCGAGGAUUGUGAUACUCUUAACCUGGCUAUGGAGCAUCAGGCUCACGCACAACUAUUUCCGCCGAGAACGGUGGCAGUGGGGCGCCAGGGAGGACUGGAGAUUUUCCGACAUGCGCCAAGAGUACGGAAAAAAUUGGUGGUGGGUUUCCUUCUUCUCCGUCUACCUCUCCCAGCAGGUGUUUCUGAUGGGAGUAUGUCUGCCCUUUUACUUCAUCCAUUCAGUUGACAAACCGUGGAAUUUCUGGGAUUCCGUAGCCGUAAUCGUCUGCAUUACGGGCAUACUCGUCGCCUACUUUGCCGACACCCAGCUACACGAAUUCGUGAGGAGAAACGAGAAGCUGAAGGAAGCUGGCAAGGCCGUGGUGCCGAAUCUUGACAAGGGCCUGUGGUGCUACUCUCGCCAUCCAAACUACUUCGGCGAGCAGCUGUGGUGGUGGGGACUGGUCAUCUUUGCUUGGAAUCUUGGAUAUGGAUGGACCUUUCUGGGUUCACUGAUCAAUACUAUGUGCUUGGCAUAUGUCACCAUUCUUGUGGAAAGAAGGAUGCUGCAAAGAGAUUACAGAGCUGAAGCCUACAGGGUGUACCAGGAGACCACCUCUAUGUGGAUACCUUGGUUCAAGUCCAACCCAAAGGGAGGAAAAGAUAAGACCACCUGAUCAUGCGAUUAGUCUUCCCUGUUUGCACUUAAUUUUCCAAUAAUUACACGUGGCUGGGUAAUGUUUCAUGUUGUGUUCCUAUCUUAAAGUAUUUGCUUUUCUUUGUGCACCUUGUAGUCGCUUCCAGGAAGAGAGGAUGCUAUUGGGAUUUAGUUGAAUAAUUUGUUACCUGAAA